CUGCCAGCUGCCAGAAAACACCAGAGAAGAAGAAUGAGGAGUCGGAAGCGGAAACGGAAGACGAAGCGGAAGAAGGAGAGUCAACAGAUUCGUGGUUUAGACCGUGUCAAACAACCUCUCCUCCUACAGACCGCUGGUUAACGAAGACACAUCUGUGGAACAAUGACCCGCCACGGAAAGAACUGCACGGCCGGAGCUGUCUACACCUACCACGAGAAAAAGAAGGACACAGCGGCGUCUGGUUAUGGGACUCAGAGCAUUCGACUGGGCAAAGAUGCCAUUAAAGACUUUGACUGCUGCUGCCUGUCCCUGCAGCCCUGUCAGAAUCCUGUGGUGACUCCAGAUGGAUACUUGUAUGAAAGACAGGCCAUUCUUGAAUACAUUCUGCACCAGAAGACAGAAAUUGCCAAAAAAAUGAAGGCAUAUGAGAAGCAGAAACAAGCACAGAAGAGCAACAGCCAGCUUGAGUCCAAGUCAGAGGAAAGAGAGAGGGUGGAGAGGUUUAAAACCAGGGAGAACAGCAUCGUGUCCAAACCCAUCAACCCAUUCACAUCAGGACAGAGUAAAGGAGGUGAGAAGGGCAGGAUAGACAGCAGCUCAGCAGAAUCCUCCAUGGCAGCUUCAGCCUCCACCUCCAGCCAGAGCCUGCCCAGUUUCUGGGUUCCCUCUCUCACACCAGAGGCCAAGCCAACUCUGCUCAAGAAACCAAGUAAGGCUGUGUUAUGUCCCAUGUCAGGACGACCUAUAAAGAUGAAUGAGCUUAUCACAGUGCACUUCACCCCACUGGACGCGAGCCUGGACCGAGUGGCCCUGCUCACCCGCCAGGACAGGUAUGUAUGUGCAGUAACCAGAGACGUCCUGGCCAACAGUGUCCCCUGUGCUGUCCUGAGACCCUCGGGUACUGUGGUGACUCAGGAGUGUGUGGAGAAGUUGAUCAAGAAGGACAUGAUUGAUCCAGUGACAGGAGACAAACUGUCUGACAGAGACAUCAUACCACUGCAGAGGGGUGGAACCGGCUUCGCUGCAUCUGGGGUGGACCUCCGUGCUAAAGAGGCUCGUCCAGUGAUGCAAGUGUGAGCUGAUGGAGGAUCUGAGGACUGCAGAGAUUCUCUCUACAUCCUUACUGUAGUUGUGUGGAGUAUUUAAAGGUGGUAUAUUUUUGCUAUGGACUCCCUACUCCCAGCAUGUCAAACAGUUUUCACACAAUCUCAUGAUCUUUGUCAUUUGCUGCCAUUUGUUUUCCUUUUCCUGAAGCCAACUGUUUUUUUGUUUUUUUUUUUACCAUUAGUUAAAUAAACAGAUGUUCUGUGAAUCAUGUGAAA